CGUCGAUCUGGCUUUAGUAGAAGAUCGAGAUCCAGUUGGCGUUCUAAUUCUUGCGUUGUUUUCAUCUCCUACGUCGGGAUCAAGAAAAAGAGCAAUUGGACACAAGAACACAGAUCUUUGAAAACUGCAGAACUUCAAUACAGUCGUUUCCUGAACCAGAAGCACGCACGACGCACUUUAAGUUUUACAACAUACGCGUCGGCUCUUGUACUAACACGAAGACCACACAAACAACGACCAUCGGCACAAGAACAUCAAGAUCAUGUAUGGUCGCAGCCUCUACGGAGGAUACGGGGGCUAUGGAGGCGGAUACGGGAUGGGAAUGGGAGGCUACGGCGCCAUGGGCAUGUACGGCAUGGGCGGAAUGUACGGGGCGGGAGGCCAGCAGGACGGCAAUCUGCAAAACUCGGUGAAUAUCAAAUGUAAAAGGUCUGGGUCUGGAAGAAUGCAAGUUUGUCAUGCUUGUCUGGCAUGACUCGGGAAUCUGUGUUGCAUAGGCACGAAAAAGCCCUCUUUCCUGUCAUGCAGAAACGCAGUUUGCCAUGCGGAAUAUCACGUAAGACAUGGCAGCCAAAAAAUUUGUCAUGCGUAGCUGCGUAUUGCAGUGCGUCUUGUAUUCAUUUUUAGCAUUACAAGUUUCCAGACCCAGACAUUUUUGCACUUGAUAGUGAACCAAAUGUUCCAGAUGACGCAGAUGAUGGAGCUGAACACGAUGUUUCUGGACCAUAUCAAAUGCAAAUAUGUCUGGGUUUGGAAGAAUGCCAGACUUGUGAUGCAUGUUGUGGAUCGUACAAAAAUCUGCCUUGCGUGAUGACUUGCAAAAGGUUCACAAUUCUGGCUAUGUUGAGGGGGCAACAUUUCUCAUGCAGAAUAUGCAUCAUGAUCACCGAGAGGCUGUACUAGAGCCUGUCAUCAUUCUAGGGCUUGCAUUCCAAACUGGGUCGAGCUUGGAAAAACUGCAUGACAAAUCUCCAGACAUAAUAUUUGCACCACUUGAUAAACUAGAUGCAGGAACAAUUCUCCCAGAUUUCCUACCGGAUCUCGCAGUUGAUGAGUUGGUUAUUUGGCCUAAAGGGGUACUACACCAAUGAAAAUGAGUCCUUGAAGAAGGAAUUGGACACCAUUUACGAGCAAACCGCAAAAGAGAAACAGCUUGCCUUGGAACUACAAGCCGGCGAUGUUGACAUCGAAGCAGGAGGAGGUCGCGGGGGGCGGCAGGGAACACCAGCAACAUCUCCCUACAAGAACACAUCGAGGCUGAAACACUUCGAGUCGCUGGAGCAGAGGCAACUGCUGCUUUCCCAAAUCAAGAAGCGGAUCCGGAUGCUGCUGGCGUUUUUCCUCUUGUUUCUCAUUUACACCUACAGGAAGUACCGCAACGGGAAGCGGCUCGCAAAACAGGCCCAGAGAAUCUGGAGUUUUGCCUCUGUGACGGGGGCUGCAGCUACCUCCGUUGGGACGAUGCUGGGCGGAAGAACAACGGAAGCAGCGACAGGACAUGCACAACUCGAGACCUGAUAGAAGACUUUUCAUGAGAUGUUGCAUCAAGGACUGCAGGUGGUUACCAAUUACCCCUACACGAAGAUGUAGAUAGUUUACCGUGUCCUGUUCAUGCCCUAAUAUUGAUGUCUUGAGCAGAGCAGUUCAAAUCAUGAUUACUUACCAUAUUGCCCCCUGAGCAAGCUAUAACGCAAUGGCAUAAAAAACAUCCGCUCGCUCGAAU